AUGACGGUAGUCAAAAAUGCACAAGACGAGCUUAUUUCUACCCGGACGGUGACCGGGUGGCGUAUGUGCAUUGAUUAUCGUCAACUCAAUCUUUCCACCAACAAAGAUCACUUCCCCUUGCCAUUUAUUGAUCAAAUGCUUGAACGACUAACCAAACACAAGUAUUUUAGCUUUCUUGAUGGCUAUUCCGGGUUCUUUCAAAUCCCCAUAAACCCGGAAGACCAAGAGAAAACUACAUUUACUUGUCCAUAUGGGAAAUUUUCCUAUAGGAGGAUGCCAUUCGGGCUUUGUAAUGCCCCCCGGACAUUCCAAAGAUGCAUGAUGAGCAUUUUUGGUGACAUGCUCGAGGAGGAAAUGGAGGUUUUCAUGGACGACUUUUCGGUGGGUGGUGCCACCUAUGAUGAGUGCCUCGUCAACCUUGAAAAGUGUCUUGAGAGAUGUGAAAAGGUUCAAUUGGUGCUUAAUUGGGAAAAGUGUCACUUUAUGGUGCAAGAAGGGAUUGUACUCGGGCAUAAGGUCUCACACCUUGGUAUUGAAGUGGAUAGGGCAAAAAUUGAGGUUAUAGAGAAGCUCCCUCCUCCGGUCAAUGUUAAGGGGAUCCGAUCCUUUCUUGGGCAUGCCGGUUUUUAUAGUAGAUUCAUUAAGGAUUUCUCGUUGAUUGCUAGGCCCCUUACUAAUCUCCUUCAAAAGGAGUGUGAUUUUCAAUUCGAUGUCGCUUGCCUCAAAGCUUUCAACACACUCAAGCACGCCCUAGUUUCUACUCCUAUUGUGCAAACCUCCGAUUGGUCCCUCCCUUUUGAAUUGAUGUGUGAUGCUAGAGACUAUUCGGUUGGUGGUGUCCUAGGCCAAAGGAAGGAUAAGAAGCUCCAUGUGAUAUAUUACAUGUGCAAAACUCUCAACCAAGCCCAAUCCAACUACACUACCACCGAAAAGGAGUUUCUUGCCAUUGUACAUGCCUUUGAGAAAUUUCGGACCUACUUGGUGGGAGCCGAGAAUGUGGUAGUCGAUCAUCUCUCUAGGCUAGAACUUGGGGAUGGGGCUAAGGAUGAUGUGCCGAUUGAGGAUGCUUUGCGCGAUGAUACCUUGUACAUUGUAAAGAGAUCCCCUCUUCCUUGGUUCGUUGAUAAUGUGAAUUACUUAGCUUGUGGGGUGAUCCCCGAAGAUCUUUCUACCCAACAACGCCGGAAGUUGAAGUAUGAUGCUCGGCGGUAUGUUUGGAAUGAUCCCGUCUUGUUGAGGAGGUGCCUGGACGGGCUAUUGAGGAGAUGUGUUCCGAAUGAGGAAUUCGCUAAUGUUCUCCGUAUGUGCCACUCUUACCCUUGUGGUGGGCAUAUGGGAGGUGAUAAAACCGCCUCCAAGACGGUUGCCAAGAACCGAAAGGAUUGGGCAAUCAAGCUCGAUGAUGCUCUAUGGGCUUAUAGGACGGCUUUCAAGACCCCGAUUGGGAUGACCCCGUACAAGCUUGUGUAUGGAAAAAAUUGCCAUUUGCCGGUUGAAUUGGAGCAUCGGGAUAUGUGGGCCAUUAAAACAUUGAAUUUCGAACUUUCUUGUGCUGGUGAGCGGCGUUUACUUGACUUACAUGAGCUUGAAGAAGUAAGAAUGAAUGCAUAUGUUUCGGCAAGUAUCUACAAAUCUCGUUCUAAGCAAUAUCACGACGCCCGUAUUGAGAAAAGAGAGUUCAAGGAGGGAGAGAAAGUCCUCCUCUAUAAUUCUCGUUUGAAGUUAUUCCCGGGUAAGCUCAAGUCUCGGUGGAGCGGCCCAUUUGAUGUUGUGAGAGUGUUCUCACAUGGUGCAAUUGAGAUUCGGGGAGAAUAUUCCGGCCCCUUCAAGUUUAAUGGUCAUAGACUCAAGAACUAUUAUAUUGGUGACUCUCUUGGACUAAGAAGGGCUGAGAAGGAACGUCUCGGGAAUGGUGAAGCUGCUGAUACGGUAGUAGCAGGGAAGAAAAGAUGUCCUCUAAAGAAGGUCCAUCUAAGUCAAUCAAGAAGAAGACAUGCGAGUCUGAUGAGGACCGUUCCCUUACCGAGAGCAUGUCAGAUGAUGAUGGGGAUCGAUGAGGAUGACGUUCAAUGGCUAACUGACACGCCUGUGGAGGCGGCUAAGAUGAGGAUGAAAGAGCAACUUAGUGUUGUGGCAGCUGGUAUGGUGGUCCUCACUACUGAAGAACACCGCCAAGAGGUAGUUGUUGUUGUUGUUGUUGUAUUUGAGUCUCUCUUGGACGGUUUGCAGAAGGGAUUUGCAAAGGAGGUCAACAAAAAGAAGAAUUAUAUUAUUGUUGGCUUGCAGCCCUAG